CCUUGCUUGUGCUCAAGACUGGGGCGCAUCGGAAACGUUGCAGGCGGGUUGCACUGUGUGGUAAUGUGUCACAACUUCCUUUUGAGCUUAAAGAUCCAGCUCGAGAGGAUCACAAAGUAGACAAGACCCCUGCAGUUAAUAUGUCAAACCCAGUGAUUACUCAGCCAGGAGCAGCCUCUUAUGGAACCAACGUGCAAACAGGAGAGUGGAGCACUGGCCUGUGCUCCUGCUGCAGUGACCUGCUAGUAUGUGGCCUUGGAUUUAUCUGUCCUAUUGCAUUGAGCUGCUACACAGCUAACAAGUAUGGAGAGAAUGCAUGCCUUGCAUGUGUUCCUGGAGGCAUGGCUGCUAUGAGGACACACAUGAGACUAACCUAUGGCAUCCAAGGUACAAUAUGCAAUGAUGCCCUGAUGACCUGUUGCUGUGGAAUAUUUGAGACAUGUCGAAUGGCCAGAGAAAUUCGUAUUAGGAAUGGAGAAGCCUAAUUGUGUGUUACUACUGUUGCGCUGUAUAGGGAAGAGGUUCUGAGUUUUAGCAGAGGCUGGAAUGUGCCUAGCCUCAGCAAGAUGACCCAUCCAAACUAAAGAAACUGUGAUAGUCUAAUGUAAACAUUGCGCCCUAUCUUUUUAUAUCUAUAUAUCAUAUUUCAUGUGAUUAAUCAAUUCUUAUCCUGUACUCUGAUAAUGACUAAACAUAUUACUAAACAUGAAAAAUUAUGAAUAAAGUUUAAAAAAAAACAAAAAAAAAAACAUGAUGAUUUGUGCUCAUCAUGGAA